UUAGUCUUAGUCUAGCGCUCUUCAAUGUCGGUCGGGAGCGCAGAGAAGUCGACCAGAACUUGAAAUCUGGGCUGAGGUCUAUAUCGGAAGAGACGCUUGUGGAUAAUACCAAUUGAAACUAUAUUUAUGCGAAGAUGUCGCCUAACGCAGAUAGUCUACGAAUUAUGGUGGUAGGAUCGAAGCACGUUGGCAAAACAGCAUUGGUGGUCAAAUAUUUGACAGGACGAUUUAUAGGAGAAUACAAUUCAGAUGUUGAGACGAAAUACGACAGCAAAAUAAUAAUUGACGGAGAAGAAGUUCAAAUGGAAAUAAUGGAUUCUAUUAGACAGGAUGAAAACCUCGUAAGAUGGGCUGACGGUUUUAUGAUUGUUUAUGACGUAACCGAUCAAAAAAGCUUUGACAAAAUCGGACAAAUCAGAAAAGACUUAGAAAACGUUAAAUCAGCGAAAAACAUGUCCUAUGUAGUAGUGGGAAACAAAACCGAUUUACAACACUGCCGGCAAGUUACUAUAGACAUGGCAGAACAUGUAUGUAUAAACAUGUCUGUUGCUCAUUAUGAGUGCUGCGCUUGUGCUGCAAACGAUGAAGACUAUACAAUAAGCCUUCGAGAAGCAUUUGAAGAACUUUGUCGCGAAAUUCAACAUAGAAGAAGACUUAAUUCACAAGCUCGUCGGCGGAGACGGAGUAGUUUAAGCCAAGUCAAACAAAGUUUCAAAUUUUUGGUAAAUUCAAAUAAAAACAGGACAUUGCUUGCUCCGCCAAGUAUAAGCAGUGGAUCUCUAAGCAGCCGUAGGGGAAGCGCCGCCUCUACCGGUCGCAGAGAUAGUCUAGGAAGACUUCUUGAAUCGUCAAAUUUAAAAAACAACAAAAUGGUAUCGAUGAGAUGCCUAAAGCCAGAGCAUCGACACUGGGAAGGUCUGUGGGUAGUUAUUAUUCUGGGUUGGCAGUGAAGCUGUAGUAACCCCCUAAAUCAGAGUAAACUUAAUGAGCAACCAACAACACGCUGUAUUUGUUAAAUUCCAUUUUUUAUUUUUCUUUAAAAGCACUUUUAAAUGAUGUACAAGUUUGAUUGCUGUUGUAAGGGUUGUGGAGCCGGAGUAACAAUCUACUAGGGUUUCGAUGUCAUAGUCGAAUUCAUAUUUUAAAAUUCUGCUAUCCAGAAUCUGAUUUUCAGUUGAAAUGUUAAACUCAUUUGAUAGUGACAAAAGAUUAGCAUGGGAAAUUUAUGUUAUCUACAACUCAAAUCGCAUUGUUUUGCCAGCAGAUCGGAGCCGGAGUCGGAAAUUUUUGCCAUCCGGAGUCGAAUAAAAAUACUUUGGAUUGCACAGCCAUGAAGCUAAUUGUGUUGCGUUCGCGCGUCUUCCCUGAGCUUGUAAAGUUCAAUACCAUCGGUUUUACCGAGCCACCCACACCGAAUAUUUAAUGGCUAUGGUCAAAUCGUAACUGCUCUCUUUAUGUUCCAAGUUUUUCCCUUCUGUUUUCAAUCUAAAUUGAGCUUAAAUUAAUAUAUUUUAAUGUACUGUACUUUAAGUAAUUCACAUGGGGUCAUGGAAUAAUUAUUUUGCCCGGCACACGAAUGUAUUUUGACAUGGACUAUCCUGCCAAUGUUUUUAUGUUGCAAACUUCGAUUUCAAAUCGGGCGUUUCAAACUUUUGAUUUACACUCACUCAUGCGUGACGUUUUUGGGCGGUAAAAUUCAUGGUUGCGUGUGUGUGGCAUUUUAUAUUUCCCACUAUAUUCUGCGGUGGUAAUAUGAUUAGCGAAAUAAAUUGAGAACCACAAA